GUUGCAUAAUGGCAGAAGCAACCGUCUCUCCACUGAAGCACUUUGUGCUGGCGAAAAAGACAAUCACUGCCAUCUUCGACCAGCUGCUGGACUAUGUCACUGAGGGAGCAGCUUUUGUGGAAGCAACAUACAAGAACCCAGAGCUUGAACAUAUAGCAACAGAAGACGAACUAGCAAAAAUACAGGCAUAUAAAAAUAAGUUAGCAGUCAUCGGUGAGGUGCUUUCACGGAGACACAUGAAAGUGGCUUUUUUUGGCAGAACAAGCAGUGGGAAAAGUUCGGUCAUUAAUGCAAUGCUGUGGGAUAAGGUACUUCCUAGUGGGAUUGGCCAUACAACUAACUGCUUUCUCAGUGUGGAAGGGACAGAUGGAGAUAAGGCUUAUCUUAUGACGGAAGGAUCAGAUGAAAAGAAGAGUGUCAAGACAGUGAAUCAGCUUGCUCAUGCACUUCACAUGGAUAAAGAUUUGAAAGCUGGCUGUCUCGUCCAUGUCUUUUGGCCCAAGUCAAAGUGUGCCCUGCUGAGAGAUGAUUUGGUUUUAGUGGACAGCCCCGGCACAGAUGUCACUACAGAACUGGACAGCUGGAUUGACAAAUUCUGCUUAGAUGCUGAUGUGUUUGUCUUGGUUGCCAAUUCUGAAUCAACUCUCAUGAACACGGAAAAACAUUUUUUCCAUAAAGUGAACGAACGACUUUCCAAGCCAAACAUCUUCAUCUUGAAUAAUAGAUGGGAUGCCUCUGCAUCAGAACCAGAAUAUAUGGAAGAUGUGCGUAGGCAGCACAUGGAGCGCUGUCUGACUUUCCUAGUUGAUGAACUCAAAGUUAUUGAUCCUGUAGAAGCGAGGAAUCGUAUCUUUUUUGUUUCAGCAAAGGAAGUUCUGAGUGCCAGGAGACAGAAGGCCCAAGGAAUGCCAGAGAGUGGUGGAGCGCUUGCUGAAGGGUUUCAAACAAGAUUCCAGGAAUUUCAGCAUUUUGAGCAGAUAUUUGAGGAGUGUAUCUCGCAGUCAGCCGUGAAAACCAAGUUUGAGCAGCACACUAUCAGAGCUAAACAGAUAAUAGAUACUGUGAAAAACAUUAUGGACGCCAUAAACGUAGCAGCAGCAGAGAAAAGAGUCCAUUCGAUGGAAGAGCGAGAAGAUCAGAAGGAUAGAUUGGACUUUGUUCGAAAUCAGCUGAACAUUUUGACAGAAGAUACUAAGGAAAAAAUCAAACAUGUUACUGAGGAGGUAGAAAAUAAAGUCUCCUCUGCCAUGACGGAUGAGAUUUGCCGACUUUCAGUUUUAGUUGAUGAAUUUUAUUCAGAUUUUCACCCUUCUCCUCAAGUAUUGAAGCUCUAUAAGACAGAACUGAACAAACAUAUAGAAGAUGGCCUAGGAAGGAACCUGGCUGAUCGUUGCUCCAGUGAAGUCAAUCAGUCAAUGCAUCAGUCGCAGCAGGAGAUGAUUGAAAAUCUGAAACCGUUGUUGCCUUCUGGUGCUCAGAAUCAGCUCCACUUGCUAAUUCCAUGCAGGAGGUUUGACCUUAGCUAUGAUCUAAACUGUCAUAGUCUGUGUGCAGAUUUUCAAGAGGAUAUCAUGUUCCACUUUUCCUUGGGAUGGACUUCACUUGUAAACCGUUUCUUGGGUCCUAAACAAGCUCAGAGAGUACUGUUUGGACUAGCAGAUCCAAAUGUACAAAUCCCUCGUCCUUUAGCUACCACCCCGUCUGCUGCCAGCCUUCCUGCCGUAACUCCAGAGAACGUAUCGCACAAUGAUUUUGUGGUUCCUUUGGUAAUGAGUUUAGCUUCACUGACAUCACGGACCUCUAUGAGCAUCAUCGUUGUUGGCGGAGUGAUUUGGAGAACAGUAGGCUGGAAACUCAUCUCUCUUUCCUUAAGCAUGUAUGGGUUGUUGUAUCUUUAUGAGAGGCUAACUUGGACCACAAAAGCGAAAGAGAGAGCCUUUAAACAGCAGUUUGUAAACUAUGCUACUGAAAAGCUGCAGAUGAUCGUCAGCCUUACAAGUGCUAAUUGCAGCCAUCAGGUGCAACAGGAAAUGGCCACUACCUUUGCUCGGCUCUGUCAGCAGGUGGAUAUUACCCAGAAAAACCUGGAAAAAGAAAUCGAUAGGCUUUCCAAAGAAAUAGAUCAGCUGGAGAACAUACAGAGCAACUCCAAGCACCUGAGAAAUAAAGCCAUUCACCUUGAGAAUGAACUAGAUCGCUUUACAAAACAUUUUCUUCAAAAGAGUAAAUAAAACAGCAUUGCUAACUUUCCUGGUGAUCCUUUGUAGGACAGAGUAGAAAUUUUACAGAUUACACUUCUCCUCUGUGGAGUCACAUGAAAUGAUUUAUAUUUUAAAUGUUACUUUGAUUACACUUGUUAAUUACUGUAAAACUUGGUCUCUGAUGGUGAACCAAACUGAAGAGCUGUGGUACUCUUGAGUGUUACAUUUGUUUUGCAGAUUUGGGGUUAAAAAUUAUCUUUGAACACUAAAUUUCUUUGGGCACUUGACAAUAAAAACCCAAAUCCUUACUGGCUUUUGUUAGUAUUUGGCAGUGGCAACUCUCGCUUCCUGGCAUCCAGGAGUUUAUGCAGGGAGAGAGAGCUUAUCACAGUUAUCACUGUCUCCUGUUUUCAGUUGCUUAGGAAUUACCCAGGGAUGGAGGAUGCUGCUUUUUCCUGUGUGUGGUUUUUGUUUCAUGAAGGGAAGUGUAAAAACUCCAGCAUGGGGAGAGGACUCUUGACUUGUUUUGAAAACAAGUGGAAUUGUGUUGGGCAGCAGUUCUGCUUCCUCACAUGGAAGAUGACAGUAAACUGCAGAGCACUUGCUAAUGAAAUGCAGUAGGCUCUUGUUUCCCCUCUGGCUACCACAAUUAGACAAGAUGGCAUUGAUAAAGUAAAAAAUAAA